AAUAUUAGUGAUAUAUUGGUGUCAUGGAUACCUGGGUAACCAUGGAAUAUUCUGUACAAUAGUCUGAGCAUCUAUGCCAGGGGACUGCAAACUUCACAAAAUGAGCUUCAAGACCUUCAAUUUGCAUUUCAGUUCAAAGCCCUGUACAGAUGUGGAACACACUUAUGAACCAUUUUGUCAGAUCUCUGCCUCAGUUUGCACAUUGGAUGUUGUAAAGUGGUCUAACCUUUUUGUAAUGUGCUCAUGUGGCAUUGUUUUAUUCUUAAUCAUGUUUUCAUGUGUAUGAACUCCUUUGAUUUGUAUUGGUCUACUUCUGUCUCUCUACUGAACUAACAUGCAUUUUUCAUUGCUGUGUGUGGAUUUCACAAUUUGUCAGCAGGGGUGCCACUAGUGUGGUGGUUCACAUGUCUGUGCUAACCACUGCACAUCUGGGAAACUGGAGGUACAGGAUUUGACUCCCCAUGGUGCCCACCCCUCCUGCCAGAGUGAGAGGCAGGCAAUGCCAUAUGGCUGCAGCAGCUGGCUGCAUUGUCAAGCCCCAAUAACAACAACAGGUGCGUCUUGCCCGAUGAUGGCUGAUGGUGCUGACUUUAAGGUUGAUGAGGUGUUCUACCUCACCGACGUUGUCUCUGAAGAGGGCGGUUGGCUGCUGGUCGACUCAGCGCCGGAAUCUGCGCCAGUCACGUCAGAUGCCGUUUCCUUUGAAUCGACAUUGACGAGAGAAGACAUGUGUCACAAUGCCAUUGAUGUGGAUGAUCUGCCUGACAUUGAAAAAGAUCUCCUACCAGAAGACGUGGUCCGUCUCCUAUUUUUGGCUGUGGAUGAUCUGCCUGCCAUCGUGUUGCAAAAAUGUGUCGUCAGGAUGAACCGCGAAACUGGUGGCAAGGCAAUGGUUGACACAUUUUCAAAUUGGGCCAGGAGUUCGGUUAGCAAUGUAUGGAAGUGCAUGUUUUUGGAGGCUCUGGCUGUGAUUGGCCGUCUGGACGUGCUCGAAACCCUUGGCCUGGAGAAAGAGCAGAUGAGAAAACUGCAAAAGCCAGUCUAUCUCUCAUCACUGAAGGUUGCUUUGAAUACCGUCUGCUGCCAUCUUCUGCAGGAAGAUGUCAAACGGUUGGUGGAAUACAUUUCUCGUUCAUAUCUUCCGGGCCGGCAGUCGCCUAUCUUUCCGGACGGCUGCACCAUCAAGCAGCUGUUGGAGCUGUACAUCCUGUACUGGAUGCAGGAACGGGUCAUCGAUCUUACUGACCUGUCUGUUCUGGCGGAGGGACUAGUGCACCUCAGUCGGCACGAUCUGAAAGAUGUGCUGUCUAGGGAGACUGCGGAGUCAGCGAUCACAAGCACCGCCCCUAGCAGUGGCAACCACAGCAAAGUGGUGGACUUGUCCUCGAUUGGUGAUGCGCUGCCUCCCAAGAUAUAUGCCAACUCCAAAGGAGUGUGUGUGAUCUUCAAUCAGGAGCGGUUUGCAUGCCAAGACAAGGAAUGCGUCCUGGGACGAACGGACAAUCAUGGAAUGCGUCUGGGCUCCAGUAUUGAUGCGGAAAACUUGGAAAAGACAUUUCAAGAGUUCGGGUGCCGGACAAAGAUAUUCAACAACUUGAAAGAGACUGAAAUUAGGACAUGCCUGGAAAGGUUGUCAUGCGCCAACGACCUGAAAAACUUCGACUACCUGGUGACGUGCUUUCUGUCUCAUGGAGGCACGAGCCGUGAAGGAGAGCACUUCAUCUACAGCUCCGACUGCAAGACUCAACUUCUGGACGAUCUGGUCAGCUGUUUCGGCGCCGACCUGUGCGGAGCUCUGGCCGGCAAGCUGAAGAUUGUGGUGACGCAGGCCUGUCAAGGUAUCAAAGCGCUACCUGUGGUGAGUUCGGACGGGCCAGAAGAUGUGCCUAUGUCGUCAUACAUCCCCACGCCUGCGCCAGCAUCCCGCACCACACCGCUGUCAGAUUUCCUCUUCUGCCAGGCGACCACCCCCGGGUUCAAGGCAUACCGUGACACACACCGAGGCUCCUUCUACAUUAUCCGACUGUGCCAGGUGCUGAGAGCGCGCGGCCACCUUGAGGAGAUCACCUGCUGCAUCAAAGACGUGCACAAUGUCCUCACGAAUAAUCCCAUCCAGCUGGGGAAUGGUAGAAAUCAGCCUUUGCUAAGCCUGCAGCCGCAGAUGAUUGACCGCACCACGGGUCGCUUUACUUUCAAGAAGAGAGAGCCGUCGUGCCAGUCCAGGUAAUGCCGCGUGUAGGUCUG